UCAUCCUAAGCUUAAUACCCACAAAUUAGUAUACCUUUAUGGCCUACCAAGACAAAUCUCUUGACCUAUAUAUAGCACCAUUCCUUUGCACUUAAUUUCAUCCAAAACCAAAUAUAUUUCUAAGAAAUCAAUCCUCUAUACUCAUUCCUUAAGAUAGCUAGCUCUUCCCAUAUUAAAAAAAAAAAAAAUAGAAAAAUAUUUUAAUACCAUGAACAAUAUACCAUUUUCUCAUAUGGACAAACUCUCAAUCAACUUUUGCAUUGCAUACUUUCUUAUUUUUUCUCUCUUGUUUGUGCAUGGCAAAGAAUUAUCAUGCAAUCAAACACCAUACCCUCAUGUGUGUAACCAUUACAUUGGAACCACAACAACCAACACUUUAUCAACCCUAGAUUCUUCUUCUUUCCAUGAUAUGGCCCUUAAGGUCACCAUGGAGCAAGCCAUUGAGGCCCACAAACUUGUGUCAACCAUGGAAUUAAAUAAUAAUUUCAAAGACAAGAGAGCCAAGUCAGCAUGGGAGGAUUGUUUAGAGCUUUAUGAGGAUACAAUUUAUCAACUCAAACGCUCAAUAAACUCAAACAAUAUAAAUGACAAAUUAACUUGGCAAAGUGCUUCCAUUACCAACCAUCAAACUUGCCAAAAUGGUUUCAUUGAUUUUAACCUUCCCUCUCAACUAAACUACUUUCCAUCCAUGUUAAGUAACUUCUCUAAAUUGCUUAGCAAUUCCUUGUCCAUUACUAACACCAUAGCUUCCUCGUCCCACUCUUUGUCCUCGACCUCGACCUCGUCCUCGUCAUCGUCAUCGUCAUCGACCAAUAAACAAAAUGGAGGGAGAAGGUUAUUAUCAGAUGGAUUUCCCAAUUGGGUUUCAUUUUCAGAUAGAAAGCUUCUUCAAGAAACAAUUGAAGCUGAUAUUGUUGUGGCACAAGAUGGAAGUGGAAACUACAAAACAAUAUCGGAGGGUGUUGCUGCAGCUGCAAAACUAAGAGGAAAAGGAAGAGUUGUUGUUUAUGUGAAAAGAGGUGUUUAUAAAGAGAAUGUUGAUGUUAAAAAAACAGUGAAGAAUUUAAUGAUUGUUGGAGAUGGAAUGGAUUCAACAAUUAUUACUAGUAAUCACAAUGCUCAACAUGGCUAUACUACUUUUCGUUCAGCUACUUUUGGUAUUAUGGGUGAUGGUUUCAUAGCAAAGGACAUGACUUUUGAAAACACAGCCGGACCACAAAAUCAUCAAGCAGUGGCUCUACGUUCUGGCGCCGAUUACUCUGUAUUUUAUCGUUGCGCCUUCAAAGGUUAUCAAGACACAUUAUAUGUCUACGCUCAACGUCAAUUCUACCGUGAUUGUAACAUCUACGGAACCGUUGAUUUCAUCUUUGGUAACGCCGUUACAGUCCUUCAAAACUGCAACAUCUUUGUUAGAAAACCAAUGGGGAACCAACAGAACACUGUAACGGCACAAGCAAGAACAGAUCCAAAUGAAAAUACCGGUAUUAUUAUUCAUAACUGUCGAAUAACUGCUUCAAAUGAUUUAAAACCGGUUCAGAAUUCAGUGAAAACAUUUCUUGGAAGACCGUGGCAAAAAUAUUCAAGAACUGUUGUUAUGAAAAGUAAUCUUGAUGGUUUGAUUAAUCCUAAAGGUUGGUCUGUAUGGAAUGGUGGUUUUGCUUUGAGUACACUUUAUUAUGGUGAGUAUAUGAAUAUUGGUGCCGGUGCUAAUACCGGUGGACGAGUUCAAUGGCCAGGGUUUCAUCUUAUUACUCAGUCUUCUGAGGCUGCAAAAUUUUCUGUUUCUAAUUUUUUGGCUGGUGGAUCUUGGAUUUCUAGUACUGGUGUGCCGUUUGAUGCAGGUUUGUGAAAACUCAAGUAAAUAUUUUGUUGCAUAAGAUGCUUAUAGUUUGUGUGUUCAUUUCCGUGUAUGUCAAAAGGGAGGGUAGAGAAAAAAACAAAAUGUUAUCUAUAUACAUAGAUAGAUGAAGAUAGAUAUAUAAGCAUAUAUAUUGUUAUUACUUUUAGUUUCGAUAAGGUUGUAUAAUUAAAUAGUGUUAAGUGUUUUUCUUUUGAUUACUUAAUUGUACUUUAUAUUUUCUUUUAGCAAUAAUAUACUUAUUCAACACUUUC